AUGGCAUCGAAUACGAUCGAAGUUUACCAAGCUCCUUCCGGUUUACCAAUCAACCAAGACUUCAUCGUUGAAGCCCGGCCUUCAAAAGCAUAUGCAUCGGGCGAUGCUCCUCAACAAUGGCGCCAGAUACCGGCGUACGCAGUGGAAGUUGCAAACGCCAACAUGACAAGACAUACAUUCAACAAACACACGGUAGCCCUAGCUUCCUUUGAUUUAAAUGCACCGACAACAAUCAGUAUUACAUAUACCGCGAGUGCCAUUGAAACGGCAGUCAUUCGGCCUCUCUCUUUGGGCAUCACGGCGCAAGUCGAAAACGACAAGAUUGUCUUCAAUCUCGAUCAACCACGAGAUUUGAUGAUAGAGAUCAACGGAGACAAGUGGAAAGCGCUUCAUCUCUUGACGAACCAGAUCGACAAAGAUGCGCCAACGGCUGACUCCGAGGACAUCUGGUACUUUGGUCCGGGCAUCAAUCAGGGCUCGGCAUAUUCCAAAGUCGCUGAUGGUAUUAACUUGAUGGUGCCUUCAGGCAAGAUAGUGUAUCUCGCCGGUGGCGCUUUCAUCACCUGUCGGCUGAAUUUCAUUGACGUAUCCAAUUCUUCUGUGCAAGGUCAUGGCUUUAUCCUUCGACCAGAGGGUGGGUACGUCUAUCGAGAGCUUGGCGGCGCCAUCACAAUGAGCAGAGCCAGCAACAUCAAGGUUGAAGGGGUCACUUCUCUUGGCGCAGAGGGCUUCAGUCUUUCCGCCGGAGAAUGUCAUAACAUUCUCAUCAACAGAUACCGAUCCUUUUCAUUUUCGGGGAAUGGCGACGGAGUCGACUUCUUCUGCUCUUCGGACAUCACUAUUGAAAAUUGUUUCUUGCGAAACUCGGAUGAUAACAUCGCGCUGUACUCCCAUCGCUGGAACUGGUAUGGUGACUCAAACAACAUCACGAUCCGCAAUUGUGUGUUGCUGCCGGACAUUGCUCAUGCCAUCAACAUGGGUACACAUGGCAACCCUGCCAAACCAGAAACCACCAGCAACAUUCGCAUCAGCAACAUCGAUAUCUUAGACCACGAAGAGAAUCAGGUAUGGUACCAGGGAUGUAUUGCCAUCAACGCUGCUGACGAGAAUCUUUUCCAUGAUAUCCAUAUCGAGGAUGUCAGAGUUGAAAGAAUCACGAAAGGGCAGCUUAUCAACAUUCGUACCAUGCAAAACGCGACGUGGACUACUGCUCCGGGUCGGGGUAUUCGGAACGUUCACAUCAAGAACAUGUCGGCAAACCUGAGAGACUCAAAGGCUUUCAAUCCAUCAAUGAUAAUGGGAUAUGAUCGAGAUCGGAUGGUGAAGAAUAUCACGUUCGAGAAUUUGAGGAUUGGCGAGGAGAUCAUGCAUGAAGAAAUGCCGAAGCCUAGGUGGUACAUGGUGGACGAUCUCGUGCCCAUCUUUGCCAAUGAACACGUCGAAGGGUUGAAAUUCACAAAAUCAGCAGAGUAG